GUUUCUUGUUCGUCAUGACAGUCAACCAUUCGGAGACGGAACCGUGGAACGCCCAUGCCAGGUUGGGGGUUGCGAAGAAGGCCGCAUAGCUCAAAGGAGAUUUCCGUAAUCGACGUUCCUCUGGGUAGAAAAGAUUCAAGAACUGCAAGCUUCAGCCUAGCAACCUCGAACCUACCUACUCCUGAACAGGGUCUUCUGAGUCUCAUAUCAAAGUUCCUGUAUCCAUGCCUCUCAGUUACAGAUAUGGUUGCUCUUGUAGGUGCACACACCAUUGGCAUGGCUCGAUGCGUGAACUUCCGAGAGAGGAUCUAUGGAGACUUCCAGGAAACUGCAGGCAGUGAUCCGCUCAGCGAGACGUAUCUCAGCAGCUUGAAAUCUACUUGCCCACCUACUGGGGCAGAUGACAAUAUCGCUGCACUGGACUACCUUUCGCCUAACCUUUUCGAGGUGGCUUCUGAGUUAUUCUCUAUGAUCCUUCAAGCCAACUCAGAUCAGCCGUUCAUGGCAUCCUCGAACGCUGCUGUCGCAAAAUGGAGUGCUGGAAGGAAGGGUAACUCAGAUCAGCCGUUCGAUUUCGAGACAGUACGCUAGAGUUAAUUCAUAACCUUCUUCCAAAGGGGUAAUAUUGGAUUUU